AUGGAACGCGUCAUUUUUGGCUUGCACAAGAACAAUUUUGCGUUGGAAACCGAAGUGGAAGCUGGCUACGAAAAAACCGACACCCCCGCUGAAAAGGACGCCGAGCCGUUGGCCGAGAACGCGAUCGCGGCGCUUGAAGCGCAUGAUCGGGACGCUGCUACGUACCGCCUGCCCGGUGUGUACCCCAAGGUCGCUGCCUUGCGCAUUGUCAUUGUCGUCGCCACCGUCGCGAUCGCGUGCGCGUGGGAAGAGCGCCUCCUCGACUUGUUGGACUUUACCGGUGCCUCGUCGAUUGCUGUGUCAUGCAUGAUCAUGCCGAUCGUGUUUUACUUGAAGCAAUUUGGCAACCGUAUCGGUGUCGUCGAGAAGAUCUGGGCAUACUUUGCCGUCAUCGUGUCGCUCGUGCUGGGUGCGUACGUCACGUACAUUUCGGCCGACCCGCUGUUCAACCCGCCGUCGGGUCCGGCCCCCAAGCCCACGUGGGACAACAUUAAGUUUCCUUUCUGCCCUGCCGACUCGAGUUACGCUCGCAUCACGUUCACCAACGUGUCGUACCACCAAAACUUGACCUCCUUGGCCAUCUAA